GCGCUGGGCUUCUGGGAGACACCGGCAGGCUUCCCCAGCGAGGCAGAAGACGAAGCCCAGCGACAAGCGGCCGCAAACUCGAUCAAGACCAAGACUCUAAGCAAUGGGGACGUGUAUGUCGGAGAGAUGAAUGCAGAUCAGACGCAGCGCCACGGCAAAGGCAAGUGUUCGUAUGUCAAUGGAGACGAGUACGACGGCGACUGGCGCGACGACCAACGCUGCGGUCAAGGUGUCAUGCAAUAUGCCAGCAGCCAAGACGUGUACGCUGGUCAGUGGGAAAGCGACCAGCGCCACGGCUUCGGGAUCUACGAGUAUCACCUGCCAGAGACUCGGCACGGCGGUGGUCGCCUGCCUAUGAAGUACGAAGGCCAGUGGGUGCACGACCGAAAGCACGGCGCAGGAACACUCACGUAUUCCCACGGUACGCAGCUCGUCGGCUCUUGGGUCAACGACGUCCUCGACACGCGCGAAAAGAGCUGCCUUGAAGGGUACGGCGACGGCGAGGUGUACGAGGGCAGUUGGGUCACCGGUCGUCGUUCUGGGCACGGAGUCGCUACGCUGCGCGACGGAUCGGUGUACCGCGGUGAGUGGCGCAACGGUCGACGCAACGGCUUCGGCGUGUUUGACGAUGCUCGGACUCGCGCCCAUUACGACGGCAAGUGGGUCGGUGGUCUGCUCUGCGGCCGCGGGUGCAAGUACGCCAACGGGUGCUCGUACGACGGCGACUGGCUGGACGACGUCCGCCACGGCAACGGCCGCUACACCUUCACCGACGGCUCGUGCUACGACGGCGCGUGGCUCAACGACAAGUUCUGCGGCGACGGGUCCUUCAUGCUCAGCAUGGAGGACAGCGACACCACGGCCCAGCAAGGCCUCAGUGACACUUAA